UUCAUUUCUGCUCUUCAUACCGCCCCCUGCUGGUGUGACUAAUGUGUUUUAUGUGCGGCCGCUCACCUCAUCUGCAUCUUAUUUAAAACAGAACAGAAGCGUUUAAGUCAGAUCUGCUGCGGGGAGCUUUCGAAAAAAGGAAGACAGUGAAAUCAAGCAAUAAUUUGUUAAAUAGAGACACUUUUAGAAUGGUUGGUAUAAAAGUUUGCACCGUGCUGAGUUUUCUCCUGUUUAACGCGGAAUCUAUUCUCGCUGGUUCAGAUGGGGGCCUUCCAAGCUGGAACGAGACUAACGAAGUGAUUCAUGUUGACAAUCAUAAGGCAUGGUCGUAUACAGGCAAUACAGGACCAGCUGCCUGGAAAGACCUGACCGGUUAUUCAGAGUGCGGUAAUAACGCCCAGUCCCCCGUCAACAUAGUGACUGCCGACGUCCAAGUUGAUUCUACCCUUGACGAUCUCGUCCUCACCAAUUACGACGAUUCCUCUACUAAAACUUGGACAUUGUCCAACAAUGGACACGCUGUUAAAGUCGAUGUGGAUGAUGGCGGUUAUCGAUUGAACAGCAGCAAGUUCUCACACGCAUAUAAACUGGUGCAGUUUCACUGGCAUUGGGGUAACGUAAGCACCCAGGGUUCGGAGCACACUAUCGAUGGUACUGAAUACCCACUGGAGUUGCAUUUCGUCCAUUACUCAACGGCUUACAAUACUAUUAACGAUGCCAUAUCCCAAUCAAAAGGUCUUGCCGCUCUUGGCGUCAUGUUUACAAUUCAGUCCAGCGACAACCAGGCUAUGAAACCAAUUUUUGAUCUGCUUUCAAACGUAAAUGCUUCAGGUUCUUCGCAUACUUUUAACUAUACCGGCAGCCUGAUGAGCUUCCUGCCAAGCGAUAAGUCGUAUUACCGGUACAUGGGCAGUUUGACGACUCCAGCUUGCCAAGAGUCCGUUGUGUGGACAUUACUUCAAACGCCAGUCGGUAUUUCUGAGGCUCAGAUGAACCAACUAAGGACUAACCCAAUGUUCGAAAACAAUGUAGACUAUAUGGUGAAUAAUUACCGCCCUCCUCAGCCUCUGAACGGGAGGACAAUCUCCAAACCGGGCACCGCAGGUUCCAGUGCAGGUCAAGUCGUCCACUCCGUCGCAGCUUUUGUCUUCACGAUGGUUGCAGCAGCCUUAUGGUUUCUUUAAGUAAUUGUAUAUGUUAUAUCAAAUACUCUAAAAUCAGAUAUCAAACUUACCAAACAUACGCAAUGGUUGCAUGCACAAUUUCUAUUCCCGACUCCGAAAAAUAUUACAUGCAGUUUUUGUGUGAAAAGAACCUUUGUUGUCUUACUUGCCAAACUAAUUGCUGAGAAAAUUGUGCGUUGUGCUAUGUUAAAACAAACGUAACAAUAUAAUAUUGAUAUAUUCGACUGUCUUUGAAUAGGUAACAGUAAAACACGUAAAUUAAAAGGUUUCCAGUAAUUUAACAUGAUAAUUAGGGGAAUUGUCAUCUUUGAAUCUCGUUGCUUACUCAUUCUGUCAAACACCUAACACAUGAAUGUAUUACCGUAAACUAUAAAUAACAGUAUCUAUCAUUUUCUUGAAAAAUGGUGCCCCUUUAAUGCUGUUUGGGAUUUACUAGAACUUAUCAAAGUCUGCAUGAAGCCCAGUAAUGAGGUAAAACCUGAAGAAAGAGAAUGUAACGGGAAGUACGUUUCGGGUUACAAAAAUGAUGAAUUUGUUACAUUCAGCAAGCACCUUUGUGGCUGAUUUGAUUAUUGAUAAGUUCAUAUACAGUGGAAUAUAACAUACACGGUUGUGAUGAAAUAUUAACCAUCUUGUUAAGCCCCGUCCACACUCGACCUAUGCUACAGUGACAAAUGGCAUUCAAACUACCUACAUUUUAUACGAAACGAUUUGCUCAAAACGCCCGGUGAUAUGCAUGAAUGUGUGAGAGGUCACGACCUUGGUGCUCUGCACAAGGCGUAACCAACUUUUCCAAACUCAACUUAAUGAAUCUGUUCAAUAGUUGUUCAAAUCUACCCUAUCGUUGUGAUUAAUAUAUUAAAUACUGCGAAAAUUACCAGUAGAAAGAAACUGGGAUAUGUAUUUUUCAUUUGUGAGACAACCUUUAGUUAUGGAAAUUUAGUUUGCCAACGCUAUUUUAUAUCCUGCUGUAUAUCUAGACAUUCUAAUGUACAUUUUAAUAGACGUUUUGCAACCAACACAAAACCAAUUGCACUACUUUUCUGUCUUUACUACUCUUUUAUAGACACCUUUCAGCGUUAUGUUUCUAAUGUUGACAUUCAACUGGUAGGUAGUUAAGGUGUGAGCAGCAAAACAAGGGUGAAAAUUAUAUAGGGAGAGUGAUUUUGUGUUUAUUUCUUUUGUGUAAAGUACAAUCCCGUUUACUUUUAAUAUGGCUUGCAAAAACAAAAAAAAAAACUGAUCUUUUUUUCUGUAGCAAGAACCUUAUAGGAUUUUGAAGUGUUUAGCGUGUGAUUACUUUCAGGGAACAAACAAGAAAAUUGCUGAAAUGCUGGCAUUUUUGUUGCAUAAAAUACAUUUUUGUACAUACGGUGAAUAUACUGAGGUAAAGUAAUUUUUUCAAAAAUGUCUACAACAUGCACUAUUACACGAAGUGAAGAUUUGAAUGAGUAACCAAGACUUCGUUUUGCAUUUUAACACGUUUUGCGAGUAAUGGAACUUUAACCUGCCGGUGACAUUAACAGGUGCGGCUCGUAUUCUGUGUUGAUUUUUCUCUCAUGUUACAAUCGAUCCAGCGUAUGACAUUGAUGGAUUAUAUUUACUGCUCUACCGGGUAUAUAUCUUUAAGGGUAAACUGUGCCUUUUAUUAAUUAAGAACUUGACAGACCUUGUUCAAAGAGGGUGCAUGAAAGUUCUUGAGUUUCACUGCAAUGGAACACUUGUGAUAAUUUUCUCACGUUUGUGUUUUUUAAUAAAUAAAGUACUAACUUAA